AAUACAUAGCAAUAUCGUUUUAUUCAAACUGAUCAACACAAACUGCUUUUCCCUCUCACUUCACUUCAACUCUUGUUUCUCCAGAAACCCUAGAAAAUCAUCAACCUGCUUUCAUUUCAUUAAAAAAAUGGGGGAUUUACCUGCAUACAUCGACGUAACCAAGCUAAUCUCAUUCAGCGACGAUCUCGUCGCCGUUUUAGAGGAGAAAACGGACAUUAACAGUUUAACACAAUGCCUCCGCCACUCUAAAUCUCUUCAAUCCUCCGGCGACCACGAAUUGGACCAGUCCAGAAGCGUUCUAAAAGAUUAUGAGAAGAAGAUUGAAGAAUGCAAGCAGAAAACAGAAAAGGCAAAACUCGAAGUUUCUUCGGAUGAAGAGUUGGAGCUUCUGUACAAGGAAUUAGAAGAGGAGCGCGAAAAAGAGCAAUUAUUGAUGGAGGAGCUCAGAGGAACGGUAGUGGAAGGAAGUGAAUUCAUGACCUUGGCAGAAUGCUGUCUAGCGCUUAUAUCUCGUUGGGAUGUGGGUGUAUAUCUUCUGUAUGUGAACACAGUAACUAACAAUGAGACAGCUGAACUUGAACGCCAAAGGAUUUUUGUUAAAGAACAAAGGAAAACUGUGAAGAAACUUGAGCAAGAAGACCUUAAUGCACAGAGAAAGCUUUCAAUGUAUGCUUCUAUCACUAAUCUUCUUCCCGUCCUGGAUGAUCCCGCCAAAAUCUCAUUCCGCAUUGUCGAUAGAGAUAAAAAGGUGGCCGAGUUAUUUACAUUUGACGAAACAAAUACAACUCCUUUUGAUCUAUGCCAGAGCAUUUGGAAAACGAUAAAUUUAGUUUAGAUAGAGGCUGACAGUUCUCUAUUCAGAAGUAACAUGUAUUGUUAACUGUCUCCUGUUUGUGGCAGUCUUUUGUAAUUCAUAUUUAUACUAGGAAGUGCUGGUGGUGGUGGUGUGCAGGUUAUGUUGUUGAGGUCAUGUUGUUGAGGUCUUGUUUGCUCACCGGAGCUGCUUUCGUGAAAUAUAGUUCAGAUUCCAUUUUCUUUUUUCUCUGUUAGUUUUUAUUGCUCGACAUCAUUAAGUUCCGAUACAUUGAUAAGUAUUUAGAUAUUUCUCAGUAAGUCAGUAUGAUCCUUUUGAUGACGAUCAUUAAGAUUUGUAGCAUAACAACAAUGUUUAAUAUAUUAAACUUCAAGCUCCCUGUGGAAUGCUGCUCUCGAUCUUGAUAUUCUAUUGAAUUAACUCAAAGAAGUUAAGUUUCUGGCUUUAA